CCGUGUCGCUCCCUCGGCACUGUCUGUUGCUUCUCCUGACUCCUGCUGCUCUGUGCGUUCUGUUCUUGGUCCUGCCUUUUCUGCGGAUUUCGCUGCUCUUUCUUUCUCUGCAGGCGUCCUUGAAGCGCCGCCUCUUCUGGUCUCGUGAUGGUUGUCUCUCUCGAUGCCUGCUUUCUACGCCUCGCGGUCUGGCGAGUUUCGGAGCUUUUCCUUCGGAAAAACUGCAAGCGUUCCGCGCGUGAGAACUCUGUCUUCGUUCUUCUCUUUCCUUCCUGGGCGUUCUGUGGCGCCGCCAGUCUGUCCUCUCCGGCAGCACCCUUGCAUGCAACAUUUUCCCCGCGUUGUCUCUCUUCUGUUUUUUGUGUGCCUUCUGUCCAGUGGUUUUCCUUUCGCUCCAAGUUUGACGACUUGUUUCCAGCCUCACACCCAGACACUGUGCAGGGUCCGCUGCGUUGACCGUUUCCCCCAACCUCGAUCGAUUUCUUCAACGCCGGCUCUUCUCCCUUUCCUUCAGCUUCCUUUCACUCCCUCCCCUGCGAACUGUCUUCUUCUUUUCUUCUUUCUCGAUCUGUUUUUUCUGUCUCCUCUCCGCGGGGGACUCUCUGCCAAAACUGCUCUUCUCUCAUAGUGCGGCCGGCUCUCUCGUCUCCGUUUCCUCUGGGGGUGUCGCAGUCUCUUCCGUGCUUAGCGAAGUAUUUUCUUGUCUCGCUUCUCCGUUUCUUCCAUCGUUUUUCGCGAGACGACGCUCUGUCGCUCUCCCCGAAAGAAAGCAGCUACUUCCAGAUGCUCUGUGGUGUCUCCGUUUCCAUCCUUCUCGUAGAGUCGUUCGUCGACGAAGUCUCGUAUUGGCUCUCUCGCUCCGCGUUUCUCGUAUGUCUGUGAGGACCGAUCACGCACCAGGAAGCGGCAGAGAGGAUCCGAAGCCAGGCCGUUCGAAGCCUCGUUUUUCUCUUCGAAACUCGAAAAGAAGUCCUUGUUUUCUCAGGUCCUCGUACCGAGCUAAACACAAAAAUGGCGCCGGAGGGGAGAGCGCGUCGUGAGGCCUCCCCGGAGACAGGCGACAGAGAGAAGCAAGGCGCAGAGAGAUACAAAGAGGAGAGAGGAGAAAAAGCGAGGGAAGAGAGAGAAGAAAACUGGGAGAUGAGGAAAAAGGGCUCGGAGGAGAAAGAGGAGGAGAGACGACGAAGACGCUCCGAGAGCAGAGAGGCGGAGGGUCGGCGCAGAGAGUCGCGCAGAAGAGAAGAGAAGAGAGAGCAGAAAGCGGGAGGAGAAGAGAGGAAUCCUUCGCCUCUCAAGAGACCGAACAGAGAGGGACGAGACGGGAGGGAGGAAGGGAGAAGAGAGACGACGAAGAGCGCGGAGGCCUCGUCGGAGAGUGGAGAGGAGCAGAGAGAGCGGAAGCGAAGGCGACGCGCGGAGAGACGAUUUCAGGAGCGAGAGAGAUCUGCACAGAGGGAAGAAAAGAGAGACAGACAAGACAGAUCCCUCGAGAGAAGAAGAGACCCUCCGCCCAGCGAAAGACAUUUCGCCGAGGAUGAGAGUCACGACGCAAGGGAGACACGAGGAGACUAUGGCGAAGGGAGAAGACGAGAACGGAGACGAGAGACAGACUCUCAAGCCGAAGGCGACGCUUUGGUGAGGAAGACGACUCGGAGAGAAGGCGAUCGAGAGAAGAAACAAGAGGGAGAAGAACGAGAUGUGAGGGCAGACCGACAGGAGAGGGAAGCGCGAAGAAGAGAACGAGAGAGAAGACGCGAGACCCAUGGACGGUCGGAGGAUAGGGACGAGGUGAGAUCUCGCGGAGGAGAUCCCCCAAGAGAGGAAGUUCGAGAGAGACAACGAAGAGACAGAGAGAGAGAAAGAAGAGAGCGAGGAGAAGAUCGACCGAGAAGUCGAGAAGACGGCGUCCGCGGGAACCACGGACGAGAGCGACGCGACAGAGACGACAGUGCAGAUCGUGCGGUGUCGAGAAGAGAACGCAGGGGAGAGCCGGAGAUGAAAAGAGGUUCAAGAAGAAGCCCCGAUAGAGAGAGCAGAGAGGAACCGGCGGUGAACGGAGCGGACAAGCAUGUACACCGCGCAAGAAAAGGCGACGGCAUGCUCGCGGCUCUCGACGAAGCCCUCAGUGGAAAAACGAGAGACGGACGCGAAGAGAGAAGAACGAAUCGCGAUGUGCGCCGAGGCCGAAGGACGGAGAAGGAGAGAGAGAAGGAGGGAGACAAGAAGCGAGAGAAGAAGCGAGACUGUUCUUCGUCCUCGUCUGGAGAAGACGAAAGAGAAAACCUCGAAAAAGCGGGUGCGGAGAGCCUCACAGCUCAGCUGUCACGAAGGGCGUUCUCGGCCGUCGUCCGCCAGCGCGACCAAGAAAGAGAACAAGAAAGAGAACAAGAGAGAAGAGGGGGCUUCGAGUCUCGAGUGAAACGCGAGCCUAGAAGCAGCAGCCGAGAAACUGAGAGAGGGACAAGAGGCAGAGGCCGGUCUUCGUCGCCUUCGCGUCGCGUUAAAUCCGAGGCGAGUGGAGACGCGAGACAAAGCGUGAGAGCAGAGAGGAGAGAGCAACGAGACGGAGAAUUCAUAAAUCCUGACCUCGUUCGAGACCUCGAGAGAGACUGUGCACCUCAAGUCGACCGCGACAUGGAGGACUACAUGAAAAAGAAAGUUUCCAAGGUCACCGCAGAGACUCUCGGUCGCGCAGGGGGUGUCUACGUUCCACCCUUCAAGCUCGCGCGGCUGCAGCAGCAGAUUUCCGACAAGUCUUCGGUGCCCUUCCAGCGACAAGCAUGGGAGGCCCUCCGCAAGUCCAUCAACGGUCUCGUCAACAAAGUGAACGUCGCCAACAUCCACAACCUUGUCCAGGAGCUGUUUCGAGAGAACUUGGUCAGAGGUCGCGGCCUGCUGGCGCGUUCCAUCAUUCGCGCGCAGAUGGCUUCACCAGGCUUCACGAACAUCUAUGCAGCCUUGCUCUGUAUCGUCAACGCGAAACUUCCAGAAAUCGGCGAAUUAGUUCUCAAACGCGUCAUCCUGCAGUUCCGGCGAGCGUAUCGUCGAAACGACAAAGUCGUUUGCUUGGCAUGCGUGCAAUUCCUCGCACAUCUAGUGAAUCAGCGAGUUGCCCACGAGCUCCUCGCUCUGCAGCUUUGCGCAUUGCUUCUUGACGAACCGACGAACGACUCCGUCGAAGUCUGUGUCGGCUUUCUCACGCAAGUGGGCCAGGUCCUGUCUGAAGUUUCUCGCCGAGGCUUCGACGCCGUCUUCGAGCGUCUUCGAGGCAUUCUCCAGGAAGGCUUAACAGAUAAAAAGACGCAGUACACGAUUGAGAAGCUGUGGGAUUUGCGGAGACAGAAUUUCAAAGAUCACCCUGGAGUCCCGGCGGAGCUCGACCUUGUCGACGAAGACGACAAGAUCACGCAUGAGAUCGACCUGCUCGCCGAGGACUUGAAAGGCGAAGAAAUGCUCAACGUCUUCCAUGCGCAGGACCCCGAGGAAUUCGCGAGCGACGAGAAGAAGUGGGCGCGCCUGUCAAAAGAAAUUCUUGGCGAAGAAAGCAGCGACUCUGACGCCUCCAGCAGCGACAGCGAGGCCGAGGACGAAAGCGAGGAAGAAGAAGGAGAGGGGGAAAAGGCCACAGUGAAGAUUCUGGACAUGACCGACGCGGAGAUCAUUCACAUGAGGAAAACGAUUUAUCUCUGCAUCAUGUCAUCGCUGAACUUUGAGGAGUGCGUUCAUAAAAUCCUAAAGAUGAACAUCCGGGAGGACUUGGUCAUGGAAGUCGUGAUCAUGUUGAUCGACUGCUGCGCCAUGGAGCGCACAUUUCAGCGUUUCUUCGCCCUGCAAGCGGAGCGGCUUGCGAGGCUGAAUCCUCGCUACUCGGAGUGUCUGCAGGAAGCGAUGCGGCGACAGUAUCACACGGUGCACCGUCUGGAGACAACGAAACUUCGAAACACAGCCAAGUUCUUUGCCCACCUUCUCCACACAGAUGCCAUUCCCUGGACAGUGAUGGAGGUCUUCAAGCUCACAGAAGAGACGACGACUUCGUCGGGGCGCAUCUUCAUCAAGAUUCUCUUCCAGGAAAUGUCGGAGCAUCUCGGUUUGAGAACUCUCAAUGAGAGGAUCCACAGCGAAGACAUGCAGCCUUACGUGGUUGGGCUUUUCCCCACGGAUCAUCCGCGGCAUCUGCGCUUCUGCAUCAACUUUUUCACAGCGAUCGGUCUGGGCGGCCUCACCGACAAACACCGUCAACUCCUCGCCGAGCUCCAGCAGCGCGCCCAGCAGGAGCAGGCCCUUGCCGCGGCUCAAGAGUCAAGUAGCUCCAGCUCGAGCUCCAGCUCCAGCUCAAGCAGUUCAAGCUCGAGCGACUCUUCGUCGGACUCUUCUUCCUCCGACAGCUCUGACAGUGACUAAGGAUGAGAGAAGAAGAAGCUCAAGAGAGAAACGAAGAAGAAGAAGCUCAAGAGAGAAACGAAGAAGAAGAAGCUCAAGAGAGAGACGAAGAAGAAGGAGAUCAAGAGAGAGACGAAGAAGAAGGAGAUC